UCUACACAGGUUGGCGCACGCCACUAUGAUGCUAAUGCAGACGGGUGGUCUAUGCGGUGACCGUAGGGAACUAUUAGCGCUAGUAGUCAGUGGGCCUAUGUUUACAUUUGUAUGUACUGGGAAAUCGAAGAUUUUUUUAUUCAAAUUCGUUAUAUCGUCCAAACGACUAAAAUUACGAAUUAAAAUCAUUCAGCAAUUAUUGUAGACCGUAAAAAGGUGAUAAGAACACAACCGACACCUAACCUGGAGAUAACAUGAGUAUAUUCAUAAUGCAUGACAAAGAUUAACAAAAUAAUUUUCGAAUUUCGACAAUAUUAUUCUGUAUUUUUGUCAUUACUUAAUUGGUAGUAGGUAUAUAGUUUUAUUGCCAUGGUGGCUAAGUGUUGUGUAGUUGGAUGUACUUCAGGCUACAAAAGCAACACAGAAAAGGUGUUACAGUUUUCCGCACCAAAAGAUACUGGUUUACGGCAAAGAUGGCAAAAAGCUAUUCCAAGGAAAAACUUUGUUGUAAACGACAAGACCUACGUUUGUUCCAAACAUUUUUCCGAGGAAGACAUAGUAUGGUAUUGGGAGUCUGGCGGAAUAAAGAUUCAAUAUACAAGAUGCCGAUUAAGAGAAGGAGCAGUACCUUCAAUAUUUCCUGGUCCAAGUUACCUAUCUAAACCAAAUAAACAACCAAGAAAACCACCAUGUCUUCGUCAAGGUAACUUACAAAAAAAUUAGUUAAUUUUAUAACAGUUAGUUAUUAUAUUCAAUAUUAAGUAGUAU